GUCAUUUUUAUUAAGUAUAAAAGCAUUUACAAAUAGAAAAUAAUCACAGUUCAACGUGAUACCCGGCAGUGUGUGGUUUCAUACUUUCAAAUUUAAUUCUCCCCAAUAAUUCAAAUCAUCCUUAAAAUGCUGUUUAAAGUGGUUUUAAUCGUCAGUGUUUCACUAACUUUAAAUGUAGCGAUGACUUCAAGUGCAUCAUCCAAAGCUCCGGACUUCAUCCACCCGUGCCCUGCAGGGACCCCCUCGUGUCUGCAGCGUGUGGUACAAGACGCCGUCCCUGGCUUCGUGCACGGAGUGCCUGAGCUCGGCAUCGACUCCCUCGACCCCUUCAAGGUGGACCGGCUCUCCCUGACGCUGCCUGGAGGCGUCAACGUCACGAUCCUGAACGGCGUCACCACGGGCUUCAGCAAAUGCAAAGUCAUGAGUGCCAGCAUGCGCAACAGCGAUGUUGAGGUCAGUGUGCGGUGCAACGUGGUGGUGAAGGGCAAGUACAAGUCGUCUGGUCGUCUCCUCAUCUUCCCGAUCGACGGAGAGGGAGAUGCCGUCAUCAAGUGCAAAAACCUGGACAUCUCAGUCACUAUGAAGAUGGGUCCCGUGGUGGAGAAAGAUGGACAGAUGUACUUGAACAUGAAGAGCUACAAGAGCCGGCACCAGUACAGUGGCAAGGUCGUCUACCACAUGACCAACCUCAUCCGGAACAGCCCCGAGAUCAGCAAGCGUGUGGUACAGUUCAUGAACUCCAACUGGCGUCUCAUCGCGGAGGAGUUCGGCGACCCCGUGGUUCAGUUCGGGAUCCGCAGCAUCAUGAGCAAUGUACGCCGGCUGCUGCAGCAGGUGCCGAGGGCGAGCCUGCUCACCAACGUCGUCUAGAGAGACAGUGUACAGUCAGAAGUCAAGUCAGCGGAAACAUCUCGUGUGUAUGUUCAAGCCAGUGCAUAAUCUUAUUAUGUAGCAAAACAUUACUAAAUCAGUGAAUAUUCUUACGUAGUCAGUCUUUUAAGUGUAAGAGUGAGUAAUUUUAAGUGAUAUACUGAAUAAAUUGGUUGUUAGUCAAACAAAAGUUCAUUAUUUUAUUCAAAUUAUUUCCUACUUACGUUCUAUAAUUAAAGUGAU